AUGCCCCAUGUUCAAAGCUGCAUCGACAUCACAGACUAUCCUGAGAACCAAACCAUGGCGGUUGUGGAAGCAAACUCCACUUUACUUCCUAACUGCAAUAUCUCUAUUUGCAGUGAACCAAGCCCCGUGAAUGACGUUCGUGUAGGGAACCAGACCAACAGUUCCGUAAUUCUUCUCUGGCAAACUCCAGCCGACUGCUGCCUCAUGGCCUCUGCAAUGUACCCCAGCGAUGGCUAUAGGAAUUUUACAGCCGACAUCUCAGACCUAUUACCCGGGCAAGCUUACACUAUGACCGUGUACAGAACACUGGAAGGAUGUUGUAGCAAUGGGACAACCAUCAACGUGACCACCCUUCCAAACAGCCCCAGGAAUAUCUGUAUAACAAAAACCAGCACCAACAGUGUCUCCAUUUCCUGGGAUCCUCCUGAUGACCGAAAUGCACCCAGCUAUUUGUACAGAGUGAGCUGGUUUCUUGGAAAAGAAGGGCCAUUGGAGAACAGAACUAUUAAUGGCAUGAACUGCACCAUUGAUGGACUCCAACCAGGUUGCUUAUAUUUAGUGACGGUGGCCUCAGAUAUCAGCGGGGUUAAUAGUGCAGAAGAGACAAAGUGGAUUCUGACAGCCCCAUUGACCCCAGUGAAUUUCAGGCUCCAAAACAUCAACCAGACAGUGGCCGAGUUCACUUGGAAGCCCCCAAACUCUACUGUCAGUGGCUAUAAGCUCCAGUGGAAGAAUUCAACAGAAUCCACAGAAAAUGAAAUGUGUCUCAAAAAUAAUUCAACUGAAGCUGUUCUGACCUGGCUUACUCCAAGCACCAACUACACCUUUACACUGCUCAGCCUGGUGAAACGGAAGGAUUUGGUGACCCACAGCAGCAGCAUUCAACUCAUGGGGGCCACAAAACCAGAACGAAUAAAUGAUGUGCGGUGCCGGGCUUUGCCUGGGGGCUCUGAGCUGAAGCUGUCCUGGACAUGCCCCUCUCGUGAGGUCAGUAAAUUCCAGGUCCUUGUCUCAGGCCAAAUUUGGGAAACGUGGCUGACGCAGUGCAAAGACUCAAUAGUGAUUCACCACCUGCAACCCGCCAGGAGUUAUGGGAUUCAAGUGGAAACUUUCUGGUACAGCCAAAGCGCUAUAUCUGAGUCUGUGAAGUGUUUCACCGACAAUACAGGGGUCAUCGUGGGGCCCUUGGUGGCCGUGCUGCUCUUCUUGAUAAUCCUAGGCUUGCUGGUAUUCUAUUUCAAGAGAUGGAGAAGGAAGCCAAAUAGCACCUCUGAGAAGCAGAAGUCAGACGUGGAUGCACCAGGGGUCCUUACCUCUGUGUCUGUGUCAGCAUUUCCCUGCUACUGCAGCGAGCGUUUUUCCAGCAGCGCCUUGGGUUUUGCCAAAGAAUACCAGCAGCUGCAGGACGUGGGAAUAGGGCAGACCCAAGCUGUGGCAGAGCAGCCGGAAAAUCAAGCAAAGAAUCGCUACAGCAAUGUCCUGCCUUAUGACCAUUCACGGGUCCAGCUCACACUCAAACCUGGGGACCCGAAUUCAGAUUACAUCAAUGCGAGCUAUAUGCCUGGCUUCCAAGGGGAAAAAGAAUUCAUCGCAGCCCAGGGUCCAUUGUGUGGGACACUCCAUGACUUCUGGCGCAUGAUAUGGGAGCAACGGAUCACCACCUUGGUUAUGCUGACCAAAUGUGUAGAGAAUGGACGGGUGAAGUGCGAACGCUAUUGGCCCCUGGACUACACUCCCUGUACCUAUGAUGACAUCACUGUCUCCGUUGUCAGAGAAACCAUUCUUCCCAACUGGACCAUCCGGGAUUUCAAUAUCAAGCGGCUGAACGAAUCUGAGGUCCGCCUCGCCAGGCAUCACCACUACACAUCAUGGCCAGAUCAUGGGGUACCUCCUGUCACAAACACAGUCCUUCACUUCCGAGACCUCGUGAGGGAGCACAUAGAGCAACACGAGGAGAGUGGGCCUGCUCUGAUUCAUUGCAGUGCUGGUGUGGGUCGGACUGGAACCUUCAUUGCCCUGGAUUCCCUGUUGCGCCAAGCCCAGGACAAGGGAGAGAUUGGGGUCUUCUCAUUUGUCCAAAGGCUGAGGAUGAACCGUCCGCUCAUGAUUCAGACUGAGUCCCAGUACAUCUUUUUGCAUCAAUGCCUCCUUGAUGGAAUGGAAGCCACCAGGCAGCAUGACAGUGAGAAGGUGGAAUGCAGUGCUGUGUAUGAAAACACAUUGGCCCUUCAAGAGUAUGAAGUGUCCCGUGUGUGAGGGUUUCAGUCCUCACCCUGGCAAAAUCUGAGGAAGUCCACCGUCCAAGUGCUGUAAAACUAUAACUCUCUGACUUUGAGGUGCCCGUAUCAGCGGGAGUGGAGAAUUUUAAGAGAACACCUGAGCAUUCCCACGA